AUGUCAAACGACAAUUCGAAUGAUGUCUCAGUCACGGGUGGCAAGCGCCCCCAUAUCACAGUCUAUUCGCAGGUCGCUGGCCUUUCUGUGGGGGACAGUGUCUAUCUGCUGAAGGAUGACGGAUCCCGUGAAGGGCCGUACUUGGUUGCGACUGCUCCGGUGGCUGGAAGAUGCACUCUCUGCUACGGAGAUGGAACUCCCUUUCGAAGCAAUGAGGGGAUAGACGUUGAUGAGUUAGACCCUGUCUAG